AUGGAUGUUCAUUGGAACUCUACUGCUUUGACUCAAACUCAAACUCAAACUCAAUUAAAUCAAACAAAUUCAUCACAAACAACUGGACCAGCAUACUAUUGUGGUGGUAUCUCAUCAUAUACACUUUGGCAAACGUUUUCAUCUGAUGGAAUAACAAUGAUUAUUAAUACGGCUAGUUGUAAUUUUAAUUCAACACCAUCGUAUUUCACCAGUAUGGCAGGUACUUCUGAUCACUGGGCAUUAAUAGGUUAUACCGCAAUCUAUCGACCUUCAUCAAAUGUAUUCACAGUCUAUGCUCGUUCUACAUACUAUCCUAAUGGUACAUUCUUACUCAUUGAGUCUCAAAGAUUUCAAUGGAACGUCAACUGGUUUGGUCUUUCUCAUUAA